AGGGCUGGCGGAAGUGGCGCAGGGACAGGGAGGGGCGCGUUACCCUCGUCCGGCUUCUGAGUCUCUGCGGCGGCUCCGGCUUCGGCUCCCCCUGAAGUGACGCCCCCUCCCCCGCCCGACUGCCGCUCCGGCCCCUCUGCCCCCAGUGACGCGCCAUGGGCACCCGAGACGACGAGUACGACUAUCUCUUUAAAGUUGUCCUCAUUGGAGACUCUGGAGUAGGAAAGAGUAAUCUUCUGUCUCGCUUCACUCGAAAUGAGUUUAAUCUGGAGAGCAAGAGUACCAUUGGUGUGGAGUUUGCAACAAGAAGCAUCCAGGUUGAUGGGAAGACAAUAAAGGCACAGAUAUGGGACACUGCAGGACAAGAGCGAUAUCGAGCUAUAACAUCAGCUUAUUACCGUGGAGCAGUAGGUGCCUUGUUGGUUUACGAUAUUGCUAAACAUCUUACAUAUGAAAAUGUAGAACGCUGGCUGAAAGAAUUGAGAGAUCAUGCAGAUAGUAACAUUGUUAUCAUGCUUGUGGGCAACAAGAGUGACUUACGUCAUCUCAGAGCAGUCCCUACAGAUGAAGCAAGAGCCUUUGCAGAAAAGAAUGGCUUGUCAUUUAUUGAAACAUCUGCUUUAGACUCUACAAAUGUAGAAGCUGCUUUCCAGACAAUCCUGACAGAAAUAUAUCGCAUUGUUUCUCAGAAGCAAAUGUCAGACAGACGUGAAAAUGACAUGUCUCCAAGCAACAAUGUGGUUCCUAUCCAUGUCUCACCAACCACUGAAAACAAGCCAAAGGUGCAGUGUUGUCAGAACAUAUAAGGCUCUGUGCUUCUCCCCUAGAAGGCUGUGUAUAGUCCAUUCCCCAGGUCCGAGAUUUAAAUAUAUUUGUAAUUCUUGUGGUCACUUUUUUGUGUUUCAUUACUACUUCUGAAUUUCUUUAUGUCUUAAGUUUUUUUUUUUUUUUAAUUUCAAAUUUAUAAAAUCACCUACUUGUCCCAAAUGACUGCAGCUUCUUUUCAUGCGAAGCCCUCACUAGCCUUAGUUUAAUAAAAUGGAUGUUUGGAUUCCUUAAUUAUUGCUCAUUUUCCAUCAGGGUGGUCUAUUGCAAUGGUAAAUGCUCAAACUCAAGUGCUUAAAGCUCAGACCUUUUGGUCUGAAUCAAAUCAAAGAAUACUUAGUAUUUAACUAAACAUUUUACCACAGAAUGAUUUUUUAAAAAUGUAUUCUCUCUUCAGUGCAGUCUCUCCAAAUCUAGAAAUUGUGUUAUAAAAAUAAAUAGCAGAAUUUUAAGAGCUUCAUAAAUAUCCAUUAUUUGGAAAGACAAUUUCUAAAAUGCCUUAAUAGGUUUGUGUGGUAUAAUAGUUUUUCUUUCUUUCUUUUUUCACCAAUUUGUGGGGGGAAAGGGGGAAAAACCCACACCAAACUCUUCCUGACUUAAGGAUUGCUUUGCAAAAUUCAAAAGAUUUUUUUUUUCUCUCUCUCCUUACAGAAGGUCAUCAUGUUAAGUGAUGAGCAUGGCAGGCUGUAGACUCAAGUUCCAUUUGAGGUGCCUCCUCUGCAGUUAGACGAGGCAGCUAGAGCUAUCUAAAUGAUUUAAUUUCACAGUGGCAGAUCAGGCGGCAUUUUAUUGCUCAGGCAAUAAAUAAUCUGUACAAUGCUAGAAGUACCAAAUUUUGAAAUGGGUGGAUUUUUUCCUUUAUUACCCCCAAGAAAUAAAAUGUGGCCUAGUUCUCCCCCCUUCCCCCCUCCCAUAAACCCAAUACCCAGUAUGGUUUAUUUUUAAAAUGCUGAUUUAUUUGGUUGAGUUUUUUCAGCAUGUCAAGAAACUUAAAAGUUAAACUUGUCUUUUGGUUCCACUGUCUCAAGGAUAUGGCCAAAGGUCAGGUUCUGUUAAUGUGGUAUGCAAUUUUGAAGGCAUAUAUUUUAGUGCUCAAGCUAAAAGAAAAUCCUGAGUUUACGUAAAACAUACUUAGAAGCUAAACAGUUCUGAAAUGUUUCUUUUCCACUACAUUUUUCAAAAGAAGCAGUUGUAUUACUAAUAUCUAAAGUCUAUAUUCCUUUGUUAAUUCCCUUCCCCCUUCCAUUUGAGAACAAUAAGCGCUUAAUCUGAAGUAAUUUAAAAAGUUGUGUCAACUGCAGUGAAAUCUAUUAAGGUUAUAGGAGAGUCCUAAAGGUUAUUCAGGCUUUGAAAAAGUCAGCCUGAAACAUAUGGGCAUACUCAGUGUAUUAUAUUUCAUGGCCAGUCUUUUGCGGUGCUCAUGAAGUGUGGGGCACACGGAAGGCAUUGCUGUAGUCAGUAAUUUUGGUUUUCUUUUGUAGCCAUUUUAUUCUUUUAGUGUAUUGGUUCUUAAGAUGCUAUUGAUCUAUUUGUAAAUUGUUACUUUGUAUUUUAUGCAUGUACUGUAACUUGAUUUUUUUUUAAGAUAUUGAUUUAAAAUAUAUUCAUAUUCUAAUAAACAGUUACAGGGGGACUAUUCCCUAUGUUGUCA